AUGGAAUUGGAAUUAGAAGAACCACAGAUUGUUGGUGAUAAUGAGUGUAAGUACAAAUGCACCACAUGUAAUAAAUGUUUCAAUAGUCAUCAAGCAUUAGGUGGUCAUAGGUCAAGUCAUAACAAGUCAAACAAGAUUAUUCAUGAUCAUCAUCAAGAUUAUUAUGAAAGCAAUAUUGUAGUAAUGGAUGAUGAUGAUGAUCAGAAAGCAGAAUUAGCAGCAAUAGCAGCAGCUCAUCAUAGUAGUGUAGUAGUACAUCAAUGCAAGAUUUGUGAUAAAGUGUUUCCAACUGGACAAGCAUUGGGUGGUCAUAAAAGGUGUCACUGGACUGGCUUAACUGAACCAGUUCAAGCUCCAUCAAGUCAGAUUACAUCAGCAGGAGAAGGUGGUGGUGGUAGUCAGUCAGCAAGUGGCUGCAGGAAAGUUCUUGACUUUGAUCUCAAUGAGAUUCCUAUUCACAUUCCUCUGGAAGAAGAUGGCAUCACAAUUGGACUUGGAAAUGAGUAUGCAUCUUCAUCAUACAACUCAAACAUGGGUUAGUCUGUUGGUUACAAUAACAACGACGAUACCCAAU